AUGAGAAACCAUACAAUGAUUACAGAGUUCGUUCUCUUGGGCAUCUCAGACGACCCACAGCUUCAGGCUGUAAUCUUUAUCUUUUUAUUUAUGGCUUAUGUAUUAAGUGUCACUGGAAACCUAACCAUCAUCAUCCUCACCCUGAUAGACCAUCAUCUCAAGACUCCUAUGUAUUACUUCCUGCAGAAUUUCUCCUUCUUAGAAAUUACAUUCGCCAGUGUCUCCAUCCCCAGAUAUUUGGGGGCAAUUAUUACGAAUGUCAAGACCAUUUCCUAUAACAAUUGCUCAGCUCAACUAUUUUUUUCAUCUUCAUGGGUGUUUCUGUUUUUUUUUUUUCUCCUCACUGCCAUGUCUUUUGAUCGUUACGUUGCCAUCUGCAAGCCUCUUCAUUACACCACCAUCAUGAGCAAAAAAAUCUGCACCCUGCUUGUCUUUGGGUCCUGGCUAGGAGGAUUUCUUACCAUUUUCCCACCACUCAUGCUCAUCCUUCAGCUAGAUUUCUGUACUUCCAAUGUAAUUGAUCAUUUCUCUUGUGACUAUUUCCCCAUUUUACAACUCUCGUGCUCGGAUACAUGGCUUUUAGAGACGAUUGGCUUUUACUUCGUGUUUGUUACUCUGUUCUUCACUUUGGCCUUAGUGAUUCUUUCCUACCCGUGCAUCCUUAGCACCAUUCUGAGAACCCCGUCUGCUAGUCAGAGGAAAAAGGCUUUCUCCAUGUGUUCCUCUCACUUGAUUGUCAUUUCCAUCUCUUAUGGGAGCUGUAUAUCCAUGUACGUCAAGCCCUCAGCAAAUGAAAGAGCAUCACUGACCAAAGGAGUAGCUAUUCUCAACACCUUAAUUGCCCCCAUGCUGAACCCUUUUAUUUAUACCCUGAGGAACCAGCAAGUAAAACAAGCUUUCAAAAACUUGCUUCAUAAAGUACUGUUUUCUAGAAACAAAUGA